CCACCCCAAUUCUCCUCGCCCAGUCUCCGAGUCCAGAGCAGAGAGAUCCUUUCAGAGCCUCUCUCUUUCCACUUGUAUUCGAAGAGGAGACGGACAGGGAACUUGAAAUUACGACCUUGCAAUGGCCGUGUCCGGUUGUGCUAGGGUUUUCCCGUCGUUCGAGUGCCGAUCAGAUCCCGACUUCCCCGGCCUCCAUCGCCCGGAGAAUCAGAGCUCCCGCAAGGUGAGGGUUGGGGAGAGCCGCGGAUCGUUCGCUGCAUGCGGCAUAUCUUCGCUGAUCUUCAGGUUUCCUCCCAACUUCCAGAGGCAGCUGAGCAACAAGGCUCGGAGGAACUGCGGCAACAUCGGCGUCGCUCAGGUGGUGGCGGCUUCGUGGUCCAACAAUCCGGAGGCGGCUGGUUUUGCCCCGGCGGCCUCGACUAAAUCAGUCGAUGCCGCCGCCAUCGCGCCGCUUGGGGUUGCGACGGGGGAUGAGGAGGUGGUGGUGGUUGGUAAUAGUUGUUGUAGUGAUAAUAGUGUACAGGUCCACGGUUUAAACAAUUUGAAGACAUAUUCAUUUCUGAGCUCCGAUGCGAGCGUCGCUAUUCAUGCUGGUGAAAGGUUAGGUCGCGGUAUAGUUACGGAUGCAAUAACUACCCCAGUAGUCAAUACGUCUGCGUACUUCUUCAAGAAAACUUCUGAGGUCAUUGAUUAUAAGGAGAAACGCCUCAAAAGCUUUGAAUACGGUCGGUAUGGAAACCCAACAACCGAAGUUUUGGAGGAAAAGAUAAGCGCACUUGAAGGAGCUGAGUCCACUUUGUUAAUGGCAUCAGGAAUGUGUGCCAGUACUGUCAUGUUGUUGGCAUUGGUUCCUGCUGGUGGGCAUAUUGUAACGACAACAGAUUGUUAUAGGAAGACUCGGAUAUUCAUUGAAACUUUCCUUCCCAAAAUGGGGAUCAAGGCUACUGUCAUUGACCCUGCAGAUGUGGAAGCCCUUGAAUCUGCUCUAGAUAAAAAUAAAGUUACUCUCUUUUUCACCGAGUCUCCAACCAAUCCAUUCCUGAGAUGUGUUGACAUCAAAUUAGUUUCAAAACUUUGCCAUGAUAAAGGAACUCUUGUCUGCAUAGAUGGAACAUUUGCAACACCUUUCAAUCAGAAGGCACUUUCCCUUGGUGCUGACCUUGUUUUGCACUCUGCAACAAAGUACAUUGCUGGACAUAAUGAUGUCCUUGCAGGUUACAUCAGUGGUUCUGAGGAAUUAAUUUCAGUAGUUCGUAAUUUUCAUCACGUUCUGGGUGGUGCACUUAACCCUAAUGCCGCGUAUCUGAUCAUUCGAGGGAUGAAGACACUGCAUCUUCGUGUACAGCAGCAGAACUCAACAGCAUUGAGGAUGGCCGAGAUUUUAGAGGCACAUCCUAAGGUGAAACGGGUCUAUUAUCCAGGCUUGCGAAGUCAUCCAGAGCAUCACAUUGCCAAGCAACAAAUGACUGGUUUUGGUGGUGUGGUCAGUUUUGAGGUUGAUGGAGACUUGCUGAGGACAGCAAAGUUUGUUGAUGCGUUGAAAAUUCCAUAUAUUGCUCCUUCCUUCGGAGGCUGUGAGAGCAUUGUGGAUCAACCAGCUAUAAUGUCUUACUGGGAUCUAAGCCAGUCAGAUAGGGCCAAGUAUGGGAUCAUGGACAAUUUGGUUAGGUUCAGCUUUGGAAUUGAAGAUUUUGAAGACUUGAAGACUGAUAUUCUGCAGGCUCUGGAAACCAUAUAGAGCGUUUUACCUCCUCAGUUUUCUUUUACUUUUUUUUUGGAGGGGGGUUGCUUCAUUGAAGGAUCAUCGGAUGAAAUGAUCCUGUCCUGCGAAUAAACUUUUAUGUUCUCAUGAUUCUUGAGCCAGUCAUUGUAUAUGUAGUAGUGUUCAUGAGCAAUGCUGGCUGAAUUUGUGUCAAACCUUUUUAAUUUUUUUGAAGGAAAAAGUUGCGAGAAAAAUAUUUAGAUUCUCUGCUA